UCAGCCAAUCGGUGCCUUGGAGGGGCGGGACAAACUCUGAGAUAACGGGACUAAAAAUCCCUCUACCUCGGGUUAAAAAUUACAGCUAUUGGGGACAAUAAUCACAAUAAUGUAAAAGAUCGGCUGUAACAUUAUUGUGAUUAUCAAUGCUUGAGGUACAGGUAGACAAGAGGAUGCUAGACAUGGAGUUGGGAAUACACUAAUUGAGAUGUCUCUGGCUCAGAGGGUUCUGCUGACCUGGGUCUUUACCCUGGUGUUUCUCAUCAUGCUGGUGCUCAAACUGGACGGGAAGGUGCAAUGGAGCUGGUUCCUCAUCUUCCUCCCAGUCUGGGUCUUCGAUGGCAUCCUCAUCCUCAUGCUGGCCAUCAAGAUGGCAGGGCGCUGCAAACCCGGGUACGACCCCCGCAACGGCUCCCCGGACCUGCGUCUGCGCGCCUGGUACCUGACCGCCAUGCUGCUCAAGCUGGGCUUCUGCCUGACGCUGUGCGCCAAGCUGGAGAGGCUGGCCGACGUGAAGCUGACGUUUGUCUGCAUACCGCUGUGGACCAUGCUGCUGGGAGCGCUGGUGGAACUGGGCCUGAAUAUUUUUCCUGAAAGAAGGGAGGCUUGAACCAGUGAGGGGGGAAAUGGCUCGUUUAUAGAGCAAAAAAGUGUCAAACAAACGCUGCUAGUAAGUCCAUCAGUCCAUUCAGCCAAAUUAAUCCUGAGAGCUUCAAACUGGCUCCUAUGUUGCUAGAGAAGAGCAGCUGUUUGUUACACUACUGUGAAGCCAACACUGGAAGAAAGCAAGCAUCUUUAUUUGAUCAGUAUUAUUAUUGUUUUUGUAUUUAAAUAAUUCUCCUGUAAAAGGCUCCAUUUCAGGAUGCAUGUAUUGUUGUACAGGAUUUCCAUACGCUGUGGCUGCAUUCCUGCACAUUUCCCCUUUCAUUCCCGGUAAAUGGGCCGUACGCUCAACCGCUUGCACACUCGAGUCAUUUAGGAAGCGUUCUCUAAUCCCCGGGCUGCUCCUGGAUUUCUACAAGCUCCCUUUUCUACUCCAUACAUAUAUUAAUGUGACUUAUAAGAUGUUAGUAUUUCUUUGCAUGCAGGAGUAAUCCAGCCAGACUACUUUCUACCAGCAGUUUGAUUAUUUGUGAUUUGGAUUUCUGUCAUUUUCAGACCUUCUUGUACCACAAAUGUUUAUUUUGUGCCAACAAUUGCUCCAAAUAUAUAUAAAUAUAAUUGUUUUUGCACUUUAUUCAAGAGAAAAACACUGAGGCUGUACGCAUUUGAUGUAAUUAAUAAACAACUGAUUUCUAUUA